UUUAUUGUGGGAAAUGUAUUCAGUUGCAUGAUAAGUGGUUUAAAAAACAUUCAGCGUAUGGAAGGAAUGACAUGAACAAAUGGCCAGUUUCGAAACAGGUGGAGGAAUUUCUAUUGAAGUGUCAAGCGCACAAGGACGACAAAAUUGAAAUGUUAUGUGAUGACCACAGUCAGUUGUGCUGCACAAAGUGUGCCUUAAAUGAUCACAGCCAGUGCAGUAAAGUGACCCAGAUUUCGGAGCUGACCAACUCGCAGUCCACUGGCCUGGAGGGGAUUUCAGUGGAGCUGGAAACUGUCUUGGGGGAAAUUAAAACCCUGCAGAUCAGUCAGGAGGCCAGCAUUCAGUCAUUGCAGAGAACAUACAAUGAACAUAUGGCAGUUAUGAUAGAGCAAAUGUGUGGCAAUUUAAAUACUUAUAUAGAUGAAUGGGAUAAUAAUUCUGUGGGUACAUCAGGCGAUAAUGAGCAAUAUUUAAAAGAAGAGAUGUGUAGGAGUGUUCUCUCUAUCGUGAAUGAAUUUGAUAAUAUUACUGUGAAGGAACUUAACGAGAUGAGAUAUGAAGUUAUAAGCAUAACAGGGUCAAUUACAAGUUCUAUUCAUAAAUGCACCAGUCUUCACAAUGACUUGUUGCAAUUACUUGAAAUCGUUCAGAAAAUUGGAGAUAAUAAGGAGCUCUGCCUUAUAGCCAGCAUAAAAUGUAAGCAUAUAAUACAGCAGGCAUUGACUCUGCUUGGAAAGUCAGGCAAGGUGUUUAAGGUCCAGGGGAAGUCUGAGUACAAUGUGAGAAUACCAAGUGGUUCAGGUAAAUGCUAUAUGACAGGCAUAUGUGUUCUUCCCGAUGGGCAAGUACUGGUUGGAGACUGGAAAAAUGUCAAGCUGCUGAACCAGCAGUACCAGGUGGUGAGUCACUUGGAUGCUUGGCCAUUUGACAUUUGUUUGAUCGCACCGAGUGAGGUUGCUGUGACUGUGAAUGCUAGCAACAUACAUGAGGUCCAGUUUAUUACUGUCAACCAGGGAAAGCUUGUUCCUGGCAGGAAGUUUCAGUUACAACAUGAAUGUAGAGGUAUUGCCCAUCAAAAUGGAGACCUUUUUGUCACCUCUUGUCAAGAACUGUACAAAUACUCACUGAAUGGCAAACUGAUCUGCAGACUCUAUGAAGAUAGAUCAGCUGAUUGGACAGUAGACAGGUGUGCUGUGAGUCCCACAGGAGACAGGCUGUACAUCAUCAGCUACAGGCAGGACAAGCUUCUCACCCUGGCCAGGGAUGGCACACUCCUGGCUACAUACUCAGACCCAGCACUACAUGGCUCACAUGGUCUACAUGUGACCCCUGCAGGCCAGGUGCUGGUCUGUGGAUACAUGUCCGACACUGUACUACAGGUGGGCUGGGAGGGAGAGAGUAAGCUGGCUAAUCUUGCUACUCAGGAGGAUGGAGUGAGGCUCCCAGUGUCAGUCUGCUACAGCAGCACCACAUCAUCCAUCAUUGUGGGACAUGGGGACAGCAUCCAGGUGUUCAGAGUGGAAUAGUGUGUACAUUGGCUGCUGAGUCAGGACAACAAUGAUGAGGAUGUGGUGGACAAGAAUGACCUGAGUACGCAGAAGCAACUGCUCAGCACAGAAGAUGACUGUCUGAUGAAAAGGCUCAGCCGUAUCACAGUCCAGUGAUGAGGGGGGAUGAUGCGGUCGUUCCAUGUCUUAAGAUCACAUCAUGAAAGACAUUUUAGCUGACACUUGGAAGGGAGAGAACUGAAGAUCUGCAACAGCAGUGAGCAUGAGCAUUGUUAUCGAGUUGACGUGGCAACAGCACCAGUCGGACCCCCAGGAGCCUCAGUCCAGGACAACCCUUCCCCUCCCAUGACCCAUCGCUCCACCCCUUUGACCUCCUGCCUCAAAGCUUCUUUGAACAAUACCAUUCUGCUGGAAUGUCUGAGCAAGUUGAGUUUUCACAAGCUGUUGUCAACAACUGCCGUCUCUGUGUCGAUCGAUCAGCACUCGAGUCUGAGUAGUUUGUUAAGCUCCAGAGCCGAAAAAUAAAAAGUUGGAAACCUUGUUACAUGCUUUGUGGGACUAACAGAGCAACAGCGAAUAAUGGGAGAAAAUCAAGAAACAGUUAAAGAGUGAAAAUUGGAAGCAUUAGCUAUCCACAGGGGCUACUUCUGAUUUCAAUAGUAGAAGCAUAAUGGACCAUCCUGAUUUGUCCUCUAAUGCGUCCAAAAUGUUCAAAACGAACGUGCUUUUUACGCAGUUGCUGACAAAAAAACUUUGUUAUGAACACUCAUAGCAUGAUGAAUACAUCGAGUGUGGUUCAGGCGCAAAUUCUGCCCAUCAUCAUUAACAAGGUGCUUAAGGUGCAUCCAUCAGGGUUGUUACAAGCACUUCACACUCCAAGACAAAACGGCCUCGCAUUGAAUAGACACUAGAUAAAGCUUGAAAAAUGACAGCAGUUUUGUUGUGUGGUCAAGUAUGCCCUUUGACUCUCAACCCGACAUAAGGUAGAACUCAAACUCGGCCCUCAGCAAUAUCAGCGAGGCUAGCAGUUUUGUUGUUUGGUCCAGUAUGCACUUUGACUCUCAACCUGACAUAAGGUAGAACAGCAGUUUUGUUGUGUGGUCCAGUAUGCCCUUUGACUCUCAACCCGACAUUAGGUAGAACUCAAACUCGGCCCUCAGCAAUAUCAGCGAGGCAAGCAUGUCAUCUCACCUUCUUCAGCCUCAGCAAACAGUAUUAGCCAACAAGACAAACCUCGUUGAAGUAAAUGUUGAUGGCAAUCCGCGCCCCUUUCUUUAACAAAUACUACAACUUGCUCAAGAAAUUAAGUACCAAGACGCCUUGCAUCAGCCUAGCACGCCACAUCUUCUCCAAUGUUGGCUACAGCAACACUUCAAACAGCAGAGCCUUGAUGAGUCCGACUUUCAUCCCAUCGUUGAUGUUGCUUAGCAACGAUUCAAUGCUGGACAUGGACAACUUGUUCCAGACGAGUUGCUGAAGUGGAAAAGAUUUGUCAUUACACAGCAGAUAGAGCAGGCGUUAAGUGACUUUCUGUAAAUGUGACUGACCUCCAUAUGUUGCUCUGAAAUAAUGUGAACCUGACGCCUGAGGAGCAGUCUGUGAUUGACGCCAUUUAGCAGCAGCUGUUUACUGACAUGCCCGGUUUUGGGUUUGUUGAAUUUGGCAUCUGGACUUGCAUCAUCUCUGUCUGUAUCCCAUUCAAAGCAGCAGCAACAUUAACAACAACAACAGAGCCUGUUCCUCCUGGUCCAGGACCUUUUGACAAAUGUUCAAAUAGUACUACCCACAGGAUGAAGCCACUCUGAAUCCGGGGCUCCAUACUUUCUUGGCCAGGGGCCAAGACUACCUCGUCAUUAAGCAGAGCACCAGCAUUGAUAUUGAGUUUGCCCAGCAACCGCACGAGUCCCGCCUGCAGGAGCCCCAGUCCAGAAUGACCCUUCCCCUCCCCUGACUUCUAACUUCUCCCUCUUGACCUCCUGACUCAAAAAUUCAGCAUCGUUGAACAACUCCGUUCUGCAGGAAAUUCUGAGCAUGAUUCUGUUCUGAACAAAUGCAAUGCCCACGUCAACUUGUCCACACAUAAGCCUGGGUAGUUUUGUUAAGCUAGAGUUCCGCGUGGGCCUGAGAGGGACGAGUUUUACAGACACGAAAAGUUAUAGCAGUAGUUAUGGUAACGCUAACAGUCAGUUGCUGCUGUUAGACAUCACAACAAAUAUCAUGAAGAAUAAAAGUGUAAUAACUUGUUCCAAUCUUUAUGGGACAAACAUAAGUUGAACGGGAGAAAAUCAAGGAACAACAAAAUCGUAAGCUCUCCUAGUGGGAUACUUCUGCUGUUGAUAGUUUGGCAACAGUGGGGUUACGGACUUCCCCAGAUUGUCCUCUCAGCGGCCAAAAUAUCAAUAGAACGGACUUUUUGCAAUAUUACUGACAAAGAAAGGCAGUAAUGACUUGGUUGUGAAUACCCAGAGCACGAUACAUCCAUGCUGACACAGAAAGACGGUAAUGACUUGGUUGUGAACACCCAGAGCCCGAUACAUCCAUGCUGACACAGAAAGGCAGUAAUGACUUGGUUGUGAACACGUCGAGCACGAUACAUCCAUGCUGACACAGAAAGGCAGUAAUGACUUGGUUGUGAAAACCCAGAGCACGCUACAUCCAUGCUUACAAAAAAGGCAGUAAUGACUUGGUUGUGAACAUCUUGAGCACGCUACAUCCAUGCUGACAAAAAAAGGCAGUAAUGACUUGGUUGUGAACACCCAGAGCACGAUACAUCCAUGCUGACAAAGAAAGGCAGUAAUGACUUGGUUGUGUACACCUUGAGCACGAUACUUCCAUGCUGACAAAAAAAGGCAGUAAUGACUUGGUUGUGAACACUCAGAGCACAAUACAUCCAUGGGGUGUGCAUCAGAUGGAAUUUUGCCUAUUAUUGUUAACAAGUUGCUAAGAGUGAACACGUCUGGUUUUGUUAUGAGCACUUCCCACUCAGAGCCCAAAGGUCCUCGCAUUGAAGCGAUGCAAAAGAAGACUUUGAAAAAUGACAGCAGUUGUGUUGUGUGGUCCAGUAAUCCUUUCAACUCUCAACCUGAAGUUUAUCAAAACUCAAACUCAGCCCUUUGCAAUAUCACACAUUGCAACACAGUGUACUUUACCAUGAAUGUUUUGCGGUUUAAAACACCAAAAUUUCAAUUAAAAGUUUGUGCUCGUAACAUAUUGAUACAUUGCUAUUCUGAGUUCUAAUUACGAUAUCCUUAAUAUCAAUAAUAGAUGAAAUGUUUGGCAUUAAAAAAACAGGUGUGUAAAGUAAUUUGUUACAGUGCAUAUUCAUUUGUCACUAAAAAAAUUAGGGUUAAGUUUGCUUGUCAUUUCCUUUUUAGCAAACAUUAUUAGACAACAAAACAAACGUCGUUUAAGUGAAAGUCCAAGACAAUUCUGACCUAGUUUGGGAACAAGUACAACAACUAAGUAAAGAAAUUCACUUUGUCUUGCAUCAGCCUACAUGUAGAAAGCCUCUUAUAAACAUCUCCCAAGUUGGCUACAUCAACGCUUCCAACAGCGUAACUUGGCAUCGACACAUUGUUCCGAACGAGUCGCUCAAACUGAAAUGAUCUGAUCCAACAGAGAGCAGGCUCUGCGUGACUCGUCUGUUAAUGUGACUGACCUGGAUAUGUUGCUUUCCAAUAAUAUGAGCCUUACUCCAGAUUAGCUGUCUGCGAUUGACGCAAUUCAACAACAGUUGUUGUCAGGAAUUUCCGGCUUUGGGAUGGCAAUUUGGCGUCGGGGCUUCAUCUCUGUCUUUGGCCUGGUCGCAGCAGAAGCAGCAACAAGAACAACAAUUAAGCCUUUUCCUACAGGAACCCAUGCAAUCAGAGAUCGGUACCUAGCUGAACAACAGGCUGUCUGGUUAGCUGGGCCCAGGGCCCAGUGACACUUCCUGGCCCAGGACCUUGGGGCCAAUGCUCAACUAGUCCUACCCGCAGGGUGGAGCCACACUGAACCUGGGGCUUCAUACUUUCUUGGCCAGGGGCCAAGAUAUCCUCGUCAAUUAGGGACACAUUCCUGGGAUGCCCUAAGGUCUUUCUAUCUGUUCCAAAAGGUCUUAUACUCACAAGUUCAAGCCCAGUAGCGAUGUCCACAUUAUCAAACUCUGCAUCUCAAUAGAAACCCGGAUAGCAAGGCGUUGAGUUUGUUCUUGAAGCAUUUGCACCAGAAGCAGUCAUCAUCUUGAUAUUCUGGAAUCUCCAUGGAGAAGGAACCUCAGUCUGUGAAUGAAAGGCAGAGCAAACCUCAGAUGCCUUUUGACGAAAUCAAACCAUCCAAUCAGAAACACAGACUGUUGCAGCAGUUGUUACUAUAUUGACCCCAGUCAAACCUAAGAAGCUCAGUGAUAAAAACUGAUUGAUCACAACAAUUCAAGUGGAAAGCCACAUGUCAACAACUACAUGUUGUAUGUUGCCAGCCAAGUUGUAUUCAAAGACAAACAAUACUUUAUGCUCUAUUGUGUAUGUGACCAGCCAAGUUGUAUUCAAAGAAAAAGUCAAAAACAAUAGUUUACGUUUUAUUUUUUAUGUGACCAACCAAGUUGUUUGUAUAGGUCCCUGGUUUAGCAAAGCAUUUAAAAUAUUUUUAAAAGCACACAUAUUGCAUGUCUGUUCAAUGUCUUUGCCUGUAUUAUGAAACUUUCACUACAGAUGUUGAUCCUGAUGAUGAUAAAUAAAUGGAAAAUACAAUGUUAUCAAAGAUUUGUUAAGAUUGCCAAAGCUGUUUAAAUGAUGUUGGUAAUUUGAACAAAAUUGAAAAAAACAUUGGAGUGUUUUCAUGUUAUAAGACAUGUUUCAAUUGACUGUUUUUAACCCGUUAAUACAGAUAAGCUAAUGAAAAAUAUUUGUUCAAAAAGAUGUAAAAUGUUUACGCUUCAGAUUUUUGUCUAUCAACCUUCUGAAAACAAUACUAGUCAAUUGGCUCAUUUGGGUCGGUAUUCCAUCAUGAAUCUUUUUUAGUAGCAUACUAUGUAUUUCAUGGGAAAAUAAAUAAAUUCUGGGCAAAAUUAUCUACCUUAAAUAAUCGAUUCUGUAUUUACUACUGGUACUUUGUUGAUUUCAGUGGAUAUUGUUUGUUAAAUGAUUAUAGUAUGACUCUUGUUGAAAAGCUUUAAAUGAAACUGUGAAUUAAAAAAUAAAUAUUUAAUUUGUUUUAGAGUUUAAUGAAAAAUGGCAAAAGAUUGAUAAGUUGUGUUGUUAUAUCAUAUACUAACAUGGUCAUAAGUGUUAAAAUUUGUUUUCAGACGUAAAAGUUUAUUAUGCUUUAUAUUUGUAUAUGUACAUAAAGACGACCAGAUUGUAUCCUCUUUAAUCAGUGAGUAACUUAAUCACGAUUUCUUGAUCACUGUUUCAAGUGUAUAUUUUGCCAUUUAUAAGUAGAUCAACUGUAAAACAAUUGUAUUUUAAAUGUAAUGUAUUCAUUUAUUGUUGCCAUUUUUAUGUCCCCCACUAUAUUAUUGGGGGGACAUAUUGUUUUUGCCCUGUCUGUUGGUUGGUUGGCCUGUUGGUUGGUCUGUUGGUUUGUACCAACUUUAACAUUUGCAAUAACUUUUGCAAUAUUGAAGAUAGCACCUUGAUAUUUGGCAUGCAUAUGUAUCUCAUGAAGCUGCACAUUUUGAGUGGUGAAAGGUCAAGGUCAUCCUUCAAGGUCAAAGGUCAAAUAUAUGGGUCAAAAUCGCUAAUUUAAUGUACACUUUUGCAAUAUUUCAAUAUUCAAGAUAGCAACUUGAUAUUUGGCAUGCAUGUGUAUCUCAUGGAGCUGCACAUUUUGAGUGGUGAAAGGUCAAGGUCAUCCUUCAAGGUCAGAGGUCAAAUAUACGUAGCCAAAAUCGCUCAUUUCAUGAUUACUUUUGCAAUAUUGAAGAUAGCAACUUGAUAUUUGGCAUGCAUGUGUAUCUCUUGGAGCUGCACAUUUUGAGUGGUCAAGGUCAAGGUCAUCCUUCAAGGUCAAAUAUAUGGGUCAAAAUUGCUUAUGUAAUGUCACUUCUGCAAUAUUGAAGCUAGCAAUUUUAUAUUUGAAAUGCAUGUGUAUCUCAUGUAGCUGCACAUUUUGAGUGGUGAAGGAUCAAGGUCAAGGUCAUCCUUCAAGGUCAAACGUCAUAUAGGGGGACAUUGUGUUUCACAAACACAUCUUUUUUUCUACCGGUAUAUGAUGCCCAGCAAAGUACAUACAAAGUCUAUGACUGUAAGUUAGAAUUUGCCAACCAAGUAAUAGGAACAGUCAAUGUUUGGCUACAAAAUGAUCCUGAUGUUUUUUCAGUUAAUCAGUUACAUUAUUAGUUGGCAUCUGUAUUAUUGUGGUAUCUCUGCUAAAAAAUUGUGUGUGUAAUAGCAUGGCCCUUAAUCUAUCAGCCAAUUUCGGCCGCAGUCCCCCACCUGAAAAGUAUACUUUUUUCCCCUUUUGGGGGAAAGAAUUCCCCCUGAAAAAGAAUUUUUAUGUCCCCCACUAUAGUGGUGGGGAACAUAUUGUUUUUGCCCUGUCUGUUGGUUGGUCUGUUUGCGCCAACUUUAACAUUUUGCAAUAACUUUUGCUAUAUUGAAGAUAGCAACUUGAUAUUUGGCAUGCACGUGUAUCUCAUAGAGUUGCACAUUUUGAGUGGUGAAAGGUCAAGGUCAUCCUUCAAGGUCAGAGGUCAAAUAUAUGUGGCCAAAAUCGCUCAUUUUAUGAAUACUUGUGCCAUAUUGAAGAUAGCAACUUGAUAUACGGCAUGCAUGUGUAUCUCAUGGAGCUGCACAUUUUGAGUGGUAAAAGGUCAAGGUCAUCCUUUAAGGUCAGAGGUCAAAUAUAUGUGGCCCAAAUCGCUUAUUUUAUGAAUACUUUUGCAAUAUUGAAGAUAGCACCUUGAUAUUUGGCAUGCAGGUGUAUCUCAUGUAGCUGCACAUUUUGAGUGGUGAAAGGUCAAGGUCAUCCUUCAAGGUCCUCAUCCUUCAAGGUCAAAGGUCAAAUAUAUGGGUCAAAAUCGCUCAUUUAAUGUACACUUUUGCAAUAUUUCAAUAUUCAAAAUAGCAACUUGAUGUUUGGCAUGCAUGUGUAUCUCAUGGAGCUGCACAUUUUGAGUGGUGAAAGGUCAAGGUCAUCCUUCAAGGUCAGAGGUCAAAUAUAUGUGGCCAAAAUCGCAAAUUUCUGAGUACUUUUGCAAUAUUGAAGAUAGCAACUUGAUAUUUGGCAUGCAUGUGUAUCUCAUGGAGCUGCACAUUUUGAGUGGUGAAAGGUCAAGGUCAUCCUUCAAGGUCAAAUAUAUGGGUCAAAAUUGCUCAUGUAAUGUCACUUCUUCAAUAUUAAAGCUAGCAAUUUUAUAUUUGACAUGCAUGUGUAUCUCAUGGAGCUGCACAUUUUGAGUGGUGAAAGGUCAAGGUCAUCCUUCAAGGUCAAACGUCAUAUACGGGGACAUGAUGUUUCACAAUGGUCUGUUGGUUUGCGCCAAUUUUAACCUUUGCAAUAACUUUUGCAAAAUUGAAGAUAGCAACUUGAUAUUUGGCAUGCAUAUGUAUCUCAUGGAGCUGCACAUUUUGAGUGGUGAAAGGUCAAGGUCAUCCUUCAGGGUCAAAGGUCAAAUAUAUGGGUCAAAAUCGCUCAUUUAAUGUACACUUUUGUAAUAUUUCAAUAUUCACGAUAGCAACUUGAUAUUUGGCAUGCACGUGUAUCUCAUGGAGCUGCACAUUUUGAGUGGUGUAAGGUCAAGGUCAAGGUCAUCCUUCAAGGUCAGAGGUCUAAUAUAUAUGGCCAAAAUCGCUCAUUUUUAAGGUCAUAUUUCAAGGUCAAAGGUCAAAUAUAUGGGAGGACAUAGUGCUUCACAAACAAAUCUUGUUAUAAGAUAAACUCACUGUUAACAUUACUUUGUACAAGCCAUUGUUAUAAAAAACAUUUCUUGUGUCAAUGCUUAAAUAUGUAUUAAAUUGUUAAAAUAAUGCACAGUAACAACUUCUGAAGAGAAAAAUAUACUUAAGGCAAUAGAAACACAUUGUUAUAUGAAAUGCUUUUUAUUAAGAACACCUACUUAAAAUUUGUUUAAUUUUGUUUUACAUUAUCUGAAGAAAAAAUAGAACCUUGUAAUUUGAAAUCAGUCAAUGAAAAAUUAAGGGAGUGUUGCCAUAUGCUAACAAUAGUCAAGAAGUGCAAUUGUCUCUAUUGGUAAUACAACAGAGCAAUACAAUUUGCUUAAACAAGAUUACAGCAUAAAGGGUGCCAUUCUUGGCUACGGGUGCAGUUUUGAAUACCAACCAAGCAGUGGUCUAAUGGUAAGAUGCUGGCUUAGGGAUCGAGAGGUCCCGGGUUCGAAUCCCGCCCUGACCGCUGGAAUUUCCUUGAGCAAGAAAUUUAUCCCACAACUGCUCCUCUCCACCUAGGUGUAUAAAUGGGUACCUGUGAGGGAAAUAAGCCAAUGUGCCGUGACUGCAUACUGCGCCAAGAUGUUAACGGACGACUUAUGACCCAGUGAUCAGGGAAAAACUGUAAAGCCCCUUUGAACGCACAUCUCGAGUAUGAAAAGGGCGCUAUAUAAAUGUGGUAUAAAAAAAAAAAAAAAAUUAAAGCUUAUCAGAAUUUAUUUGAGAAGUCACAGUGACUUGACCAUUGACCUAGUGACCCCAAAAUGGGUGUGGUGUGUAGAACUCAUCAAUGUGCAUCUACAUAUGAAGUUUGAAAGUUGUAGUUGGAAGCACUUUGAUUUUAGAGCCAAUGUUAAGGUUUUAGCACGACGCAGACGGCGGACGACACGACGAACUGGCUACGACAAUACCUCGGGUUUUCUCCGUUUAUACCGAGCUAAAAAUAAAAACUAAGAUGUCUGCUUUGCAAUUUCUUCAAAAAAUAGACACUUAUGAAUGUGCUUAUAUUAAACGUGAACAGUUUUGACAUAUUGCUUACGAUAACGUUUGACAUUUUAUUAGUUUUGUAAUAGCGUGUUUGACCUUUCGCAUUGACCAUCCCACAAUCCCACAUUUGCUUUCAGUGGGGCCAGUUUCUGUAAAUCUUCCACAACAAGUUCAGCAAAUGUUUUAUGACCAGAUUUCCUCAUAUUUGGGAGUGUUUAUAUUUAACUUUUAUUGAAUGCAUAAAACACGUUUGUUCUGUUUUUGAAUAGCUGAAAAUAGCUUGAUGUUUGUAAAUUGUGUGACAUGUUGUUCAAAUUGAUACAUAGAAAAAAACACAUUUUGCAUUUAUUUGUAUUUGUAGCUAAGCAACACAUGUUACCAAAUACAAAUUUAAGUAUUUGGUAUAAAUAUAUAAUGAUUUGCUAUAUUCGUAAUAUCGUAUGAAAUGCAAUUUUAAUUAUAAUGUGUUAAUAUGUUUGUCUACUCCAAAUAAUUAUUGUAUAUAAGUAAAUAUAGGGUAAAAAUGUCUAUGGAAAGUAUCCGUAGGCACGUUUCAAUUGCUUGUGUACCUCAUAUGGAUCAGGGUCUUUCUAAAUUAUUGCAUGAGUGUUAAUGCCUAUGUCUGAUUGUGUAAAUAUCUUCAAAUAUAUUUGUUAAGAGGAUUUUAAUAUUAAAAGAUAAACUAGUAUCUAAACUUUAACCGUGCAUCUUUUGCAUUUAUUUUAACGUGCUUAUAUUGUUUGGCUUACAGAGUUUAAUAUUGUCUAUAUUUGUGCGUACUUUUAUUGUGAUUGAUUUGGUAAGACAAAAUGCAUAUCACUAAUGCUGUUGUUUUUGUUUUAUGUUAUAUGUAAAUAAUUAAACAUGUUUAUUUUGGUGAUAUGUAUUUCCAAAUCUAAGUGUGUUGUUGCAUUCUCAAUAAAGUACAUAGCCAUACACGUGGAAUAGUAUUGCUAAGUGACAAUUUGUUGUCUUUACAAAUAAAAUCCGCAAGGAUUGUCGUUUCAAUUAUAUAUAGCUUUCCCCUAUUGAACCUGGGUAAAAACGUGACCGUGAGCUCAUUUUGUUUUAUGUUGACUGCCAAUAUAAUUAUAUAUAUAUAUAUAUAUAGAAAGAAAUUGUUCAAAAGGUGUAUCUUAUACCCUAGCGCUUUCGACUACACGUCUUCUUCAGGGGUGUAUACAGAUAUGAGUCCCCAGUGCGCAUGCACAAUAGAGGUUAACUUAUUGGCUUUCAGUCUUUGUUUUUUGAAGUUAUAUGUCGUUUUUUUAUUUUUUAUUUUUUAUUUAUGCAUAUUAAAAUUGUGUUAUAGACUGACGCCCGUAAUAUAAUUUAUAUCGAUGUUAUAAUAAAAAAUAUUAUAAUUUGCAGUGAACGUUUUGCAUUCAGUAUUGUGUCAUAUUUAUGCCCCCCUUCGAAGAAGAGGGGGUAUAUUGCUUUGCACAUGUCGGUCUGUGGGUCCAUCCACCAGGUGGUUUCGGGAUGAUAACUCAAGAACGCUUGUGCCUAGGAUCAUGAAACUUUAUAGGUUCAUUGAUCAUGACUCGCAGAUGACCCCUAUUGAUUUUGAUGUCACAAGGUCAAAUGUCAAGGUUACGGUGACCCGAAAUAGUAAAAUGGUUUCCGGAUGAUAACUCAAGAACGCUAUGGUCUAGGAUCAUGAAACUUGAUAGGUAGAUUGAUCAUGACUUGCAGAUGACCCCUAUUGAUUUUCAGGUCUUUAGGUCAAAGGGCAAGGUCACAGUGACCCGAAAUAGUAAAAUGGUUUCCGGAUGCUAACUCAAGAACGCUUAGGCCUAGGAUCAUGCAACUUGAUAGGUAGAUUCAUCAUGACUCGCAGAUGACCCCUAUUGAUUUUCAGGUCACUAGCACAAAGGUCAAGGUCACAGUGACCCGAAAUAGUAAAAUGGUUUCCGGAUGAAAACUCAAGAACGCUUAUGCCUAGGAUCAUGAAACUUCAUAGUACAUUGAUCAUGACUCGCAGAUGACCCCUUUUGAUUUUAAGGUCACAAGGUCAAAGGUCAACGUCACGGUGACCCGAAAUAGUAAAAUGGUUUCCGGAUGAUUACUCAAGAACGCUUAUGCCUAGGAUCAUGAAACUUCAUAGGUACAUUGAUCAUGACUCGCAGAUGACCCCUAUUGAUUUUAAGUCACAAGGUCAAAGGUCAAGGUAAUGGUGACCCGAAAUAGUAAAAUGGUUUCCGGAUGAUAACUCAAGAACGCUUAUGCCUAGGAUCAUUGAACUUGAUAGGUAGAUUGAUCAGGACUCGCAGUUGACCCCUAUUGAUUUUCAGGUCACUAUAUCAAAGGUCAAGGUCACAGUGACCCGAAAUAGUAAAAUGGUUUCCGGAUGAUAACUCAAGAACGCUUAUGCCUAGGAUCAUGAAACUUCAUAGUACAUUGAUCAUGACUCGCAGAUGACCCCUAUUGAUUUUAAGGUCACAAGGUCAAAGGUCAACGUCACGGUGACCCGAAAUAGUAAAAUGGUUUCCGGAUGAUAACUCAAGAACGCUUAUGCCUAGGAUCGUGAAACUUCAUAGGUACAUUGAUCAUGACUCGCAGAUGACCCCUAUUGAUUUUAAGUCACAAGGUCAAAGGUCAAGGUAACGGUGACCCGAAAUAGUAAAAUGGUUUCCGGAUGAUAACUCAAGAACGCUUAUGCCUAGGAUCAUUGAACUUGAUAGGUAGAUUGAUCAGGACUCGCAGUUGACCCCUAUUGAUUUUCAGGUCACUAUAUCAAAGGUCAAGGUCACAGUGACCAGAAAUAGUAAAAUGGUUUCCGGAUGAUUACUCAAGAAUGCUAAUUGCUACGAUCAUAAAACUUCAUAGGUACAUUGAUUAUGACUCGCAGAUGACCCCUAUCGAUAUUGAGGUCACUAGGUCAAAGGUCAAGUUCACGGUGACCCGAAAUAGUAAAAUGGUUUCCAGAUGAUAACUGAAGAACGCUUAUUCCUAGGAUCAUGAAACUUGAUAGGUAGAUUGACCAUGACUCGCAGAUGACCCGUUUUGAUUUUCAGGUCACUAGGUUAAAGGUCAAGGUCACGUUGACCCGAAAUAGUAAAAUGGUUUCCGGAUGAUAACUCAAGAACGCUUAUGGCUAGGAUCAUGAAACUUGAUAGGUAUAUUGAUCAUGACUGGCAGAUGAGCCCUAUUGAUUUUCAGGUCGCUAGGUCAAAGGUCAAGGUCACAGUGACAUAAAACAUAUUCACACAAUGGCUGUCACUACAACAGAGAUCCCAUAUGGGGGUCAUGCAUGUUUUACAAACAGCCCUUGUUAUUUUUCGUUUUAUGAUAAUGUACAUACACUUAUUAUAAUUGUGUGUUAUAAAAUGGCGCUUAAAAUGUUUAUUAUAUCGAUAUAACGUUUAAAUGAUUAAAAUGGAAGUUAGAAUUUA